AGGGUACCGCCAAAAAAUUAAGAAAAAUUUUCAAAAUUGUAUACUUUUGCCACGGGGAUUUUUCUGCGUCAAUUUGUUUGAAAAUUUUUCUUAACUUUUUGGCGGUACCCUUCGCUAAAAAUAGAAAAUUUUCCAGGUUAGCCAGUGUGCUGAAUACGAAAAAGCACUUUUCUUUAAUUCUAAACAAACUUUAAUUUUUUUUUAUCGGUGAUAUGAUAGACCGUUGUUGUCAUAAAAAAUGGCCUAAAAUUUUUUCAAAAACAAUUGUUUGACUUUUUAAUGUUUUGAAGGAAAAGGAUUUUAGGAUUGUAAAAAGAAAGUUUUUUUGUCUAUGUAAGUAACAAAAAUAUAGAUAUUGAUGUAGUUGUAUCCGAUCCCGCUUCGUGAAAUUUUUUUUUCGCCAAUAGAAGAGCGUAAUAUGCUCGAAGGGUAGUGCUGUCCUCUCUAGACGACUGAACACAUUGGUGGCAAAAAAAUUAAGAUGAAGAAAUAAUAUUUUUUUAUUACAGCUAACGUAAGCAGUGAGAAACUAAUGCAUAAAAUACGUACUGACUGUUGAUGUACACUGUCACUUACAAAAAGAUGGUGAAAGAAAACGUCUGAUCCACUUGAUUUCAGUCGUCAUUUUUUUCUACCGCAAAUCUCCAGUUCCAUCGUAUUCCACAACUUUAGCAUAUCUAAUCCUUGAUAAGUUCGAAAGAGGGGGAAACCAUUUGAAUGAAUGGAUUUAUUCACGAAAAGUGAGAGUCAUGAAAGGUCCCUGACCUAUAAAACAAUGACUCGAGCCAAACAACAACAAAAAGAAUAUGGAUUUAUUCCAAUCUCGAUGGGUUCCGCGAAUCCUACAAAGUUUUUUAUUUUCUCCAGCGAACCUGAAAAUUUUCCUGUCUUUUUUGAAAUAGCUCUGUUGUUCUCUUCUUAUGCCCGACUCUUUACUACUUUAGAAUACACUCUCACUUUUAGAUAAUUGAGAAACAGAGGCGGCCUUCAUAGUUUUGGGCAAAAGGUAAUGGAUCCAAAAACCGUCGCAGAUGUGGUGUGAAAGUCUUUUGCUUUCUCUCUUGCUGGUAAAAAACAAAAGCUUUUCAAUUAUUGGAUAUGGUGAACUCCUAAAUCCAGUGGCGGAUCCAAAAUUUUUCUUUGGUACGUGCGAUAUACUAUAAAAGUAUGAAAUAAAUGCAUUAGUCAUAGAAACAAAUUAUUCUGAAACAGUUUUUCUAAGAAACAAUAGGUAUUUUGCCCAAAAGGUACGGCUGUACGUACCGCACGAUGACUGAAUUCACCAGUGUUUGAACCCUUCUCUUGUUGCGACACCUCUGUUGAGAAAACCAAUAUAAUUGUAAUGUUUGAAACGAAUGUAGUUCAUUUAUAAUUUUUGUUCAUGAAAAACAAAACAGUAAAUAACGUCCUGUUAACGGAAAGCUUAUAGAAGUUUUUCCUGUGAAUUCUUUAGGAAUUUUCAAACAUUCUGGCAUUUUCCGAAAUGAGAUAUGCACUAGAUAAUUUCGGAAACCCUCAGGAAGAAAAAUCCUGUGAGAACCCAGAAGAAGCCUUUCGGUCUGGGUUAGAUGGUUUACAGCGAAUUGUUGUUCGACGUUAUGUUGAAGCUGUUUUUUCUCAAUCUGAUAAAUGGAAACAACUAUCACAUUAUUUUCGUUCAAUACCAAGCGUAAAAGCGUACAUAAUAACAACAAAUGAGGUUGACUUAAUAAAUCGUGUUUGUGAAUGGCAUUUAAAUGAAACUUAUAAACUACGUUUUACAAUGAAUAUUGACCAAAUUAUAGAAUGGGAUGAUUUAAUGGACUUUAUACAAAAUGCACAAAAUCAUUCUUGUACGUCAGGUGGUUUUACAAAUGUUCGUACACGUUCGAAAGUCACAACAAUUCCUGUUCAAUUGUCACAAUAUAUUGUGCAUAAAAAAUUAACACCGCCACCGAGUGAACAACAAUCUGUUCAUCAUAUUAAGAAUUAUUCAAAAAUUUCAACACUAAUAGCACAACGCUCAACUGCCCAAUUAAAAGUGAGUACAUCUUCAAUAGAUAUCGUUACAAAUAGAAAACCAACAGCAAUAAAUGAUACGAGACAAAUGAACGAACAGACACAAAAACAAAAUGCCAACAAAUAUCCACAAACAAAUCAUGUCAAAUCACCCUCAAAUUAUGACAGUUCGAUAAUGCAUAAUAAUAGAAUAGACAAUGGUGCCAUCUCGUUAUCAACUGUAUCAUCAACUUCACCUAGCACUGAUCGACAUUCCAAAACUAACAAUGAAUAUCAAAAUAUGAUACCACGUUCAAACAUCAGACAAAUAGAUAACUCUACUACAUUACCGCAAUCAUCGCCACAAACAAUUUCAGCAUCUGUUGGAAUUACAAGUCUCUCAUUAAGAGCUUCGCUAAAUAAUAAUGCCGCCGUCACAUUACGCAGUUCAACAUCUGUUCAAAAUGUAAAUAAAAAUUCAUUAUCAAAAGAUCAAAGCGCAACAAGAAUCACUUCGAACUAUUCAUUUACACCGACCACCAUCACGAAUCACACGCGUAAUAAUACUAGAAGUAAUCCAACUCGUUUACAAAAUAGUCGUGAUAAGAACAAUUUAAUACAAAAAGAUAGUGAUACUUUACCAUCUGAAUUAUGUUCGAUUACAUUGCAAAAUGCCAAAAUGUCCGGUUCUGGAUGGGUGCAAAUAAACAACGUCUAUGUACCAUAUAUAACCAAAAAUCAUCAAAGAUUAGUGCCUUAUCAAGUUUUAUCGUUGUGUAAAAUAGUUGACUGCGAUGAGUUUCUUUUAAAACAAACUUUGACAACAUCAACUAUGGAUGAUGCGAAAUUAAUGAAUAGAAUGAUUCAUGAUGCUAAAAUUGAUAAUGAAGAAAUAACCGAAAACUCUCCAUUUGUAAAUGUUUAUAAUGUUAUGGUUGGAACAAAAAAUUUGGUAUAUGUCAAAUUAUUACCGAAAGAUAGUCCAACAUCAAAAAUCAAUCGUCAGUAUAAAUCGGUAUUAUCAUUACGUGGAGGAACAGUUUAUAUUGGCCAUCGUACUAUACCAUUUGUAUGUGCUGGAAAUCGAAAUUAUGUACCGUUUCAAGAUAUUAUUGCUAUUUAUCCAACAUUAAUAUCACAAUUAAAACCAAUAUCUCGUGUUCCAAGAAUGCACGAAUUAGAUUAUCUUAAUCUUGUUAAACUUUAUUAUGCCGAAAAUGAUCUGUCAUCGGACACAUUACUAAUUGAUAUGGCUGAUUUAAAACAAUUACAAAUUAUAGCCUUAUCAAGAAAUAUGACAUUAACCGAACAUCAUCAAAGAGAAAAACAAAAGUUAGAAGCUGAAAUAAAAGAAAAAACAUUAGGUAAUGUUAGUCAAAAACGGAAAGCUGACAGUGAUCUAAUCUAUAGUCCAAAACAUUUGAAAACAAAUGCAUCAUCUAAACAACAGACAUUUCGUCGUUUUCAAAACUCCACGCCACCGCAACAAGUCAUACAAUCGAUAGGUAAACGUUAUACACCCUCUGCAGUAGUACCUAGUUCUCGUUCCUAUUUCACAAUGCAACAACCACAACCGCAACCAUAUUAUCCCGCAAGUACAAGAACGCAUUAA